AUGGCAGGACAAAGGGGCACCUGGACCAUGGGCGACACGGUAGAAAAGAGUUUGGAAGGGCCCCUGGCACUUUCCAAAGAUGAACCCUCCCAGAAAAGGGGAGACUUAGUGGAAAUCUUAAAUGGAGAUAAGGUAAAAUUUGAUGACACUGGACUUUCCUUAAUUCUUCAGAAUGGCCUGGAGACCCUCCGAGUGGAAAAUGCUCUGACAGAUGUCAUCCUGUGUGUGGACAUUGAGGAAUUCUCCUGCCACCGCGUGGUGCUUGCUGCGGCCAGCAACUAUUUCAGGGCCAUGUUCUGCAAUGAUUUGAAGGAAAAGUACGAGAAGAGGAUCAUUAUUAAAGGGGUUGAUGCCGAGACUAUGCACACUCUCCUGGAAUACACGUACACCAGCAAGGCGCUGAUCACCAAGCAGAACGUCCAGCGCAUCCUGGAAGCUGCCAACCUCUUCCAGUUCCUGCGGAUGGUAGAUGCCUGUGCCAGCUUCCUUACAGAAGCCUUGAACCCAGAAAACUGUGUUGGAAUACUGAGGCUGGCAGAUACACACUCCCUGGACAGUCUAAAGAAGCAGGUUCAGAGUUACAUCAUUCAAAACUUUGUGCAGAUUCUGAACUCUGAGGAGUUCCUUGAACUUCCCGUGGACACUCUGCACCACAUCUUAAAGAGUGAUGACCUUUAUGUGACUGAGGAGGCUCAGGUGUUCGAGACUGUGAUGAGCUGGGUCCGGCACAAACAGUCAGAACGACUCUGCUUGCUGCCCUACGUCCUCGAGAAUGUGCGCUUACCGCUUCUGGACCCAUGGUACUUUGUGGAGACAGUUGAAGCAGAUCCUCUCAUCAGACAGUGCCCAGAGGUCUUCCCGCUGCUCCAGGAAGCCAGGAUGUACCACCUUUCUGGCAAUGAGAUCAUUUCAGAGCGCACCAAGCCCAGGAUGCAUGAGUUCCAGUCUGAGGUGUUCAUGAUCAUCGGCGGCUGCACAAAGGAUGAACGGUUUGUGGCAGAGGUAACCUGCCUGGACCCCCUGAGGCGCAGCCGCCUGGAGGUGGCCAAGCUCCCAAUGACAGAGCAUGAGCUGGAGAGUGAGAAUAAGAAGUGGGUGGAGUUUGCAUGCGUGACAUUAAAAAAUGAGGUCUACAUCUCAGGUGGCAAAGAAACACAGCACGAUGUCUGGAAAUAUAAUUCUUCUAUAAACAAGUGGAUUCAGAUUGAGUAUUUAAAUAUAGGCCGCUGGAGGCAUAAGAUGGUGGUGUUGGGCGGCAAGGUCUAUGUGAUCGGAGGUUUCGAUGGCUUACAGAGGAUCAACAACGUGGAGACCUACGACCCCUUCCACAACUGUUGGUCAGAGGCUGCACCUCUCCUUUGCCAUGUCAGUUCCUUCGCAGCUACAAGCCAUAAGAAGAAGCUGUACGUGAUUGGGGGAGGACCCAAUGGGAAACUGGCCACAGAUAAGACUCAGUGUUAUGACCCUUCAACCAAUAAGUGGAGUUUAAAGUCAGCUAUGCCAGUGGAGGCUAAAUGCAUCAAUGCAGUGAGUUUCCGGGACCGUAUCUAUGUUGUUGGUGGGGCCAUGAGAGCGCUGUACGCCUACAGCCCCCUGGAAGACAGCUGGUGCCUGGUGACCCAGCUCAGCCACGAGCGGGCCAGCUGCGGCAUCGCGCCCUGCAACAACCGGCUCUACAUCACCGGCGGGCGGGACGAGAAGAACGAGGUCAUCGCCACGGUGCUGUGCUGGGACCCUGAGGCCCAGAAACUGACGGAGGAGUGCGUCCUGCCCCGGGGGGUGUCGCACCACGGCAGCGUCACCAUCAGGAAGUCGUACACCCACAUCCGCAGGAUCGUGCCCGGGGCGGUGUCGGUUUGAGGGCGGGCGCAAGCCUGGAGACUGGGGAGCAGAGCGCACCGGGGAGCC